AUGUCGGCGUCACUAGCCCCCCAGUGCAAUAAGGCUAAAGAGCGCUAUGACACUUGCUUUUUGAAAUGGUAUAGCGAAAAAUACUUACGAGGAAAUGGAACUCAAGACGACUGUAUAACACUUUUUAAAGAAUACAAUUCUUGCUUGUCGGUUGCUUUGAAGGAUCGCGGAAUUGAUAAAAUGCUCGAGGAGGCUCGUGAUGAUCACAGGGGGAAUGAUUCUAUUAACUUAAGCAAAUGUAGGACUAAACGAUUGGGAAAUCCACUGACUAACAAAUUUAAGGAAUGGCAUUUUUUUAACGUCCUAUUUGAGUCCAUGAAUAUAAAAGAUAAGGAAUGGUAUUAA